CGUCACGAACACAUUUCUCUGAUCUCCAACAUUCGCUAUAUAAAUUGACUGCGAAACCUUUAUUACUUCAUUCAAGUGAUAGUGGACAACGGCAGUAGAAACACUUCUAGGCUGGAAGCAAAGCACUAAAUCACAUCAGUUUAAUUCCACUAAAUUAGGAGCAGGUCGAUUGCAAUAAUUCUGUACCAAUAUGAAGACAGCGUCAUUAAUUUUCUGCGUUGUUGGCAUACUAUGGACCAGCGUAUUGGCAGCACAGGAAAAGCCCAAAAUCCGACUGGCGCAGAUUUUCAGUUCAUUUGAUAAAAAUGACGUUCGUGACGAUAUAAACUUGUUUCUUCGUAUCUACGGUGAUGAAAUCGACAAUAAAAGUGGCUAUAGCCCAUUACACAUUGCUGCCUUAUUCAGUGAGACAGUGGUGGAUUAUUUGAUCAAAAAUGGAUCGGAUGUAAAUGUUUUGAACAAUGCAAAAUACUCUCCCCUACAUUUUGCUGCUGAAGGAGGUAACGACAAAAUCGUUGAAAUGCUUAUUAAUAAUGGAGCUGAUGUCAGUAGUUCGAAUAACAAAGGAAUGACUGCAUUGCACGUGGCUGCUUAUAAUGGUUUUGACAAGAUUGCAGACAUUUUGAUUAAGGCUGGAGCGAAUGUAAAUGCCUUGGACAGUGAUAAAUGGACGCCUCUAUUUUACGCAGGUGUAAAUGAUUCGGUGCCUGUCGCAAAUUUGUUGAUUCAAAAUGGAGCUCAAGUCAAUGCCCAAGACAAAGAAGGAGAUUCAAUUUUAGCUAAUGCUAUCAUUGCAGCAGAUAGUGAGAGAUACAAUUUUGCUGAGUUUUUGCUGAAUAACGGAGCAGAUCCGAACAUUGCUAAUGAAAAGAAAAUGGUCCCAUUGCACAUAGCUGGAACAAAUGGUGAUCUAGACCUUUUUUUUAAAUUGCACAAGAUUAUUAAUGUUACGAUCGGUUAACUUCCUGUUGUUCCUGUUUUAUUCAA